AUGUAUAGAGGUCAAGGUCAUGUAUCCGAUCACUAUAUUGCGCCUGGUGGGUUAUCAAUGGCUCGAAGAGAUACAAUAAUGAAUUCAAGCAUUAAAUUGCCUAGUAAUUUUAUUUCUGACGGGACAUUGUGUGGACCUUGCAAUAUGGAAUUCGCCCCAGAGCAAAAUAUUAUUAUUUUACAAUGUAAUCAUAAAAUCCAUCGCAAAUGUUUUUGGAAUUUAUCACGAAAUUUUAAUUUUUGUCCGUUAUGUCGUCAAGAGAUGGGGCCUAGGACUGAAAAUAACGAAUAG